UGCUUAUUUUGGUUGGAACGCCUAUGUCCUUUCCGUGAUGGUGGUAUGUGCGUCGUCCGACUACAAGCACUACGACUACUCUCAGCUGCUGGUCUACUCCGCGCGGCUUUCCGUGCGCAUCGGUCGUAGUGGCACCACGGUAAAUCCAGCCCUACCAACCUAGUAUACAGAACGAGCGCUACCGACGAACCCCACUAAAGGUUGAUUACUGCACGGGCUUCCCGCUUCGUUAGGCUAAAGCUUGCGGCGCGCACAACUGCAACCACUGUAACCUCGUUUAUCAUCUAGCAUUGCCGCCGCUGAAAGAUGUAGCAGACGAGCCUUUGCGUCCCUCGAAACGUAUCGAGCUUCCGUGGGACCCUAGCAAGUGACAUGUAAUGAAAUUAGCUGAUCAGAUAUCUGCAGAAUUAUAGUGGAAACACGCUGCCAACAUGGUCACUGUCUGCGUUGACGUCGAUUUGGACAUGAAGCCGAUGUCCCUCGACUUAGUGUUUCCAGAGGGCAUCGAAAGAGGUGGCAGAAUAAACUUUAAUUUUGCAAGGGGUCGGUUUGAUUCAGAAAAUCGCGGUGAGACUUUCUUUGACGCAGCAUAUGCGCGCGAGAAAGUUCGCGUGUUUUCGGAAGGCAGGCCGAGCUCUUUCUGUUACAUCGACGAGCGAUGCGAUGCAAAUGUGGUCUUCGAUGACGAAGAGGUAGUGGAGAUUCAAACUCAAGGUUGCGAAAUCGAAGUGGAGUCAGAGCUUCCCUCUCCUGCCGCAUCGCCUCUGCCUGACCCGUGUUCACCCGAAAGUGCGAGUUCGCCUGAACCAGCGACAGUUGUCGGCAACCACGCGACUGCUGACACGGUGGACGCAGGAGAGCGCACAAGUAGCACUGUCGACGAAAUUGACCUGACAGGUGGCUCAAACGAUGCUUCUGAGAAGACAGCAGAUGCCACUACUGAAGAUCACUCCUACAUUGUCGGCCAAACAAGUACCACCACCAGUGCUGUUGACAUUGAUGAUACCUCCACCCACCUAGUCAUUUCGAACUCAGCCGGAGCUUCACCUGCGAACACCACAACUGUCAUUGCAAGAGCUUUGAACAUUGCCCAGAAUGUAACCUCGCAGCCCGGUACAGUAAGAAACAUCAGUGCAAAUGAUGCUGUCACCUCCAAGGGUAACAAUGGUACUAAAGCGAUGGCACUGUACUCUUGCUUGUAUUGCCAGCACAUAACACCAUGCAAGGAGACUGCAAUAGCUCACUGCAAGAUUCAUACCUCGAGAAAGGAUCCUUUGCCACAGAAGACGCUAAAAGGUGCAGAGGCAGUUAAGGCAGGAAAGGUUGAAGGACUUACCUCUCCAGACAAGGCCAAGCCCCAGAGAAACAAUACUAAGCCACGUAUCGGAAAUGUGUUUUCUCUUACCAAGGAUAAAUUGGCUGUCAUUACAACAGCUGCUGGUGCAUCAAACCUGUCCGGAGGUGAAGGUGCUUUUGGAGCAAAAGGUUCCAUUGAAACAGCAGUCUUGCCCACGGUGCUCAACAUGCUUGCCUCUGUGUCACCAAAUGUUAAGCGCGUCAUCCUUAAAACUGGCCCAGUUCCUCUCUCAGCAGCUGGUUCUCUUACUUCAAAAAAUAUCACAGCUGUUGUGAAGAAAGCUAUUGAGAGCAACGUAACAGAAUUGAAGUCUGUCUCUCCUUCAUCUACACCAAAGCCACUGACAACAACGCCAGGGAAGGGUUUGAAGCCCAUUGUGCUGCCAAAGUCAUUGGUAGAAUCGAAAGACCUGCUCACCAAGCCUCCUCCUAAUACAAAAAUAGUCUUUAAGUGCUUUAAGUGUUCUCACGUUACUUUUGAUAAGCUUGUCGCCCUUAAGCAUCUCCAAGAGCACACAACUGCAGCACAAGAGAAACAAGCGGAUAAAGAAAGCCGUUUGAGUGAUGAGUCUGAAGGUACAUCUGUUCCGGGCACACCUCCGGUGCCAGCUGGACCGGAAACUCUAAAGAAGCGCGGCCUGCCCCUGACAGGAUCGCAGCUGAAGCCCCUUGUUCAGCAGGUCGGUCGUCUCUCAAAAGCCGCAACAGAGUCGAUCAAAUACUUUGCAUGUACUAAAUGCAGAAAGGUUUACAAGAACAAGGCAAGCUUGAACAAGCACAUGGUGAAGCACACGGGAGAGCAGAAGUUCCGCUGUGAGAUUUGUGACAGGGCCUUUCAGUUCAAGUCUGUGCUUCAAGUGCACAUGAAAGUGCACAACCGUGUUACCCCGUACAAGUGCACAAAGUGCAAGCGAAGCUUCACCACAGAAGUGGCAUUGAAGAAUCACGAGGAGAAAUCACACAGUGACCCAGUGAUCUGCCACCUUUGCAACCUGCCAUUUGUACGACAGCACAAUUUGGUAGUGCACAUGAUGCAGAGGCAUGGACAGACUGCUCAGCACCGUUGCACCAGCUGCCGGAAGCCCUUCUUCACCGAGGCAGACCUUGCUGCUCACAAGGAUUUGUGCAAGGGAGACAUCUACCGGCAUUGUGGCCUCUGCAGCUUCAAGGGUGCCAUCUACAAGGAGCUCUGCGAGCAUGUAGUACAGUGCCACCCAGAAGUGCCGCAGUUCAAGUGCGAGACGUGUGGCUUGGUUUCCAUUCACAAGGUCAGGCACAGGGGCCACAUUCGAACGCACCAGCCCGGUUAUAAGCCCAAGAAAGUGAAGCACACUUACAAGUGUCCGCAGUGCGGCAAAGAGAUGCGGAGCCAGUCGGGCCUGCAGUCCCACCUGAGCUCCCACAACAACAUACGGCCGUUUUCAUGCCCGACAUGCGGGUGCAGCUUCUCAUCCAAGGGCAGCCUCAGGGCUCAUCGCCUCAACGUCCACGCUUCAACCACAUUCAGCUGCGAGCAGUGCCCGCUUACAUGCAAGUCUCUGUUUGCACUUCGCAAGCACAAGACCCUGAUUCACGGGCAAACCAUAAACUUUAAGUGCGACCACUGUAACAAACGCUUCACCAGCGAGCGUAAGAAGCAGCUGCACACUGCUGUGGUGCACAUGGGUGACACGGCCUGCCUCGCAGACGGCCAGAACCCAUUCCCCACACUCAAGGUGUACCGCUGUACGGAAACAGAUUGCACCUUUGCCACUUUCAGCCUGUACCGGAGCAAGGCCCACGCCAUAACCCACACGGGAGUCAUGCCUUUCCAGUGCACACAGUGUGACAAAGCAUUUGUCGUCCAAGACGAGCUCAAGAGACACAUAACUCUGCAGCACAAUAAGGGCAAGCAAAAGCCUUGUCCUCACUGUGGUCGGGUGUUUGUCUCCGACUCCCGCUACGAGUGGCACCUGCGUCUCCAUGAAAAUAACCAGGGCUUCAAGUGUAGCAAGUGCAGCUACCUAUACGAGUCGAAGGCGUACCUGGAGCACCACCAACAGAAGCAUGCCGAGGAGAACCAGUCUGUCUGCCAAGUGUGCAGCAAGACUUUCAAGACUGUGCGAGCCAUGGGCAUCCACGUGACCCACAUGCACCCUGAGGUGGCAAAAAGCCCUUCUCUGCAGGUGCUGCGCUCGCUGCGUUACCCACACGGCUGCGACCAGUGCCCCGUGCGGUUCAAGACCACCACCGAGCUGCGGGCGCACAAGCUGUGCCGACACUCUGGCGUUGCUGGCAAGCGGAUCACCAACGCUGAAAGGAACUUCGAGUGCCACUUCUGCGGCAAGGCCUUCAAGCACAACUGUGCACUGCAGACGCAUCUUCGCACCCACACGGGUGAGCGGCCGUUUGAGUGCCCACACUGCAGCAAGGCCUUCACCAUCCACCAGACACUCAAGGACCACAUUGUUAGCGUGCACACAAAAGACUUCAAGCUGCACUGUCUGCUCUGUGGCAAGGGCGUCGUCAACAACACGAAGCUCAAGCAGCACCUUCAGCACGCGCACAAAGCCGUGCCUAAGCCUACCUUGCCCCUCUCCGCUCGCGGCAAGGCAGGAGGAGUAGACAAGCCAAAGGCACCUCGCGCGCCGACGAAGAGGGCAGAGGAGCCGCAGCUACAACAUCUGCAGACGCAGCAGCUUCACAUGGCGCCGAUCGUGUUCGUAGAAGAACAUAAUCCAGAGAUAGGCGAAGUGUAUGUGGAGCAGGAGGUGGUGACUGCCACGGAAACAGCCAUGGUUGUCGAGGACCCCAUUAAGCUGCUCACGUCUUUCUUCUGAGCAACGUGUGCUUGUGGAGAUAGUACGUCACAUGUGUUUGCCAGGGGCCCCAUCAAACCUUUAACAUCUUUCUUUUCAGCAGUGUAUGUGCUUGAAGAGACACAUCAUAGGAGUUUGUUAGGGACUCCAUCAAACUCAUCACACCAUUCAGACAGUGUGCGUGUUUGCGAAAAAGCACUGUUGAAGUGCCUGUUGUUUGUUUAACAGAAACUGACAGACUUCUGAAUGAGUUGCAAGAUGUGGCUUGUAAAGCUGUGUACAUUUUGUUUGUACAGAGUUUUUACUGUAUGUUAUGCCUUGCUUGAGUGCAAGUAGAAAUUGUACAUAUGUUUGGAUGGUCACUGAAAGCAUUAGAGUAUAGCACACCUCUUUGUUUCAUUGUAGUCUGAGAGGUAAAGUUCACUUUUUAUUUCAACAACCAGCUUUUAUUAGUUAACCACAAAGUCCUUAAAGUACUUUUGAUUUUGUGUUUGUUUCUUGGUUUUGUGGGGGAGUAUGAAAGGCAGUUCUGAAUUAUACCAACCUCACAAAUUGCAAUUGCACCAUAAUUUUUUUUCUCCGGCAAGGUAACUGAGUUACAAGGCAGUGAGGUUGCAGUCCCAUGUCAAAUUUUAUGCAUGGCACACUGUGAACUACGAGCUUGUAGAGCUCAUUCAUGUCUUCAGGUACAACCAUGUUUGGAUGUGUGAAUAUCAACACGGCUUCAUGCCUACACCAAUAUAACUGUUCCGAAAUGCUUGAAUUUAUUGAGUUGCAGUGGUUGCUGAGCAUGCCAAAUUGAAUUCUUAAACUUAGCAUCAAGCAUUAUGCUUGCCCCAAACUGCGACCUGUACUUUUUCUUUUGUACUGAAGUGUACAGUAGGAAGGUUUAUAAGAAAUGCUGGUUUAAUUAGGAUGUCAAACCAAACAGAAGAAGUGUUUACUGUGUUUACUCACAUAAUGAACGCACCCCCCACUUUUCCAAUCAAGAAGUGUUUUUUUUCUUUUCCUCAGAUAAUGAUCGCACCCUGAACUUGCUGCCGUGAAGUAGGAGAGACACGGCACGAUUCAACGUCCGAUGUGGCGUCCAGUGGGUACGCCGUAUUGGACGCCGAACCGUACCGUGUGUCACCUACAUUUAUGGCGGUAGCUAUCAUGUCGACACUCCAUGCGCAUUUUUGCUGUCGGCGCUGACGUUUGCGGCUCAAUCCCGUGUUCGAGGGAGGAAAGCGGUGAGGAAAUGCGACGUAUUCUGUCACGUGCAUGACGCCGGGGGGAGAGGCGCGGCGUAGCAACUGCGCAUUGCGUGGCCGCACACCCUAUCUUGAAAGUCAUAGAGUUUCUCACUAUAAUACCUAGAGGGCAAUCUGGCGCCACCAUCUAUGGGAGUUUCCUAAAGGGUGCUGUGCUGUUAUGGGAAUGACAGGAUAUGUGUCUGCAAGGCUUGUGUAGGCUGGUGUUGAACGAGACUUCGUCUAAAACGUGGAUAUGGCUACACAAAUAAUGCGUUCCUAAAUUAAAAUCUACAUAAAGGGCUUUCAUUCACCCCUAUUACAUCUCUCAAGAAAGUUUACUCACCUACAAUGCAGAAUCAAGCGAAGAAAAGGAAGAACAGACGACUAGUUGUUCCACAGCCAGCAAGUAUCUUGUCGUCUGUCCGGCAACUUUAGCGGCCAGCUCAUAUAUUUUACACUUCAUAUAAAUGUACAUCCAAUAUUAAGUCCUCAAAAUUAAACAAAACAUGUUUAUGUGUAAUAAUAAAGCCAAAACAGCUUUUUACGUGGUGUUUUAGCAGGAAAUGAAUGUGACAGAUGGAACGGUGCUAGCCAUUCACGUCUUUAAGGCGACCUGGCUCUCCGAGAACGAUGCCAAUCCGAAUUCACAAUAUACCGGCAUUCCCAUGCAUACAACUGCGCAGCAGCGCCAGAUUUCCCUCUAGGUAAUAUAGUGAGAAACUAUGUUCAAAGUGAUCUGGCGUCGGGGGCCGAGUCUAGGUGCGAUGGCGGCUUAUACCUUUGUGCGCGCUCCGUUCUCGUUGCUCAGUUUGCUUUAAUGCUAUACACGGCACGAAGGUCACUUCGCUCGCUGUUGCUGCUGCGCUUGCUCACGGCAGCGUUUUGACAGCGAGUGUCCGCGGUCAUCGAGUGUGAUGUGUUCAAUGUUUGCCUGUGCGCGCUGACACCAUGCUUGUUAACCUACAUAGUUGGCAAAUGUUUGCAAGUUUAUUCGGCUGAUAAAACUGCUAUCCUCACUUUGUAUAUAGCUGUCUACGCAUUUGCUAUCGCAAUCGAUGGUUCGCCUUUCGGGCGAAACUGCGACUUUUUUAGAGGUGGCCGCAGAAAUAAAAUCGCUCGAAAUUUUACCGCGCAUAAUAAAUGCACCCCUCAACGUUGGACAUAUUUUUCGGGAAAAAAAGUGCGUUUAUUAUGUGAGUAAAUACGGUAUUCAUCUAAGAACUGGUGCUGUAACCUCCCUGUACUUUCUUGACUGCCAGACACAAGUGGCACAAUCAAGUGCGUUGAAUAUCUCCACUUUAGAUGUUCUAGCAGAUGCAGUUCACAGAAGUGCAUAGUCUUAUCUUUCAUGCAGCUGCUUUUCAGCAAUUUUUUCUUAAAAAGAACAAUAAUUUAUAGGCAUAUCAGUAUAUAGAAAAUCUGCUCUUAAACAAUAAUUACAAUUUCACUUUCUUUUUCUUGAAUCACAACAAAUUUGGCAUAUUAAAUUUCACUUACAACGUCACUUACUUGAUUGUGCCAUUGGCACCUGGCAGAGGGUCAAGAGUAACAGAAGAUCAUCAUGUGCAUCAAAUUACAUGCAUGUGCAUAGUGUAUGUGCAUGCACAUGCGCUACGCGCACUAGACUUGUACCGAAUGCUCUCAAGUGGCAUGAUGUAUGUGUUUUGCUCUUGACUGAUGCCACGGACAUUGAGCUGCCAUAAUAAAAACAAAGCCAGAAUUCGCGUUUCCACCUGUGCCCUGUCGCCAUAAAGUGUUUGUAAAACUUGAGCAAGUUAUCAGUGAAUGGCAUAAUCUAAUGGGUGAGCUGUAGCCAUAUCCUCCUAAGACCGCUUGUACAAAUACAUUGCACAUUGCCUUCAAGUUUCUUUCGAAAUUUACUUGGAAGUGAUUAUGCAACAUAUUCAUUCUGGGUAUGAAGCACAGUGCAUGUCUAACUGUAAAGAAGUGGUUUACUCACAUUCUUGUCAUCCGCUUUCGAGAAAUUUGAUACUAAAUUGAUCUAUACCUCUGUGUUGUCCCAGACGGCCAAAAGCAACGUUGAGGUGUGUUUCGAAAUCACUGAAAUUGCGUGAAAAUACUGGACGUGGGAGCAACACGGCAUUGUACUACACGUAGUUCCAUCAUCUCUCUGUUUAAUUAAGCAAUGAAAUGCAGUUUUUACCGUAGCGAAGAUGAGGAAAUAGUGGAGACACGGAGACGUAGAUUUUGGCAUCUAACCAUGUUAUUUAAAAUUUGAAGAUUGUUUUUUCAAAUUCAUAACAUAACAGUAGUCGAUAAAAGCUACCUUGAAGAGCGAUUAUGUGCCAUAGUUGUGUUCGGGUCUAGGGAGGAUAUGCUGGCUGUAGCAGACAUUAUUUGUGAGUAGCACAGUGAUUAAGAAUGCCCAUGAGGACUAAAUUUUUGGAUCGAGCGUAUGUGCAACACCUAAAAAAAUGGGGAUUCCAGGAGUCACAUGCCUUUAUUAUGGACAGUGAGUUUACAUUUUCACCAACGCAAAGACGGUGUUUUUUGCUGUAUAGUUCGUGCUUGUUUUACGUGUGCUUUUGACUUUGUGGCAAGGAGCCAGCUGUUUUUUUACCGAGGGCAUCCAUUUGGUGCGAGAAAGUUAUUGUACUUGUUCUUAGUUCAAACAUGCAGACAGCAUAUUUUGUGUUCAUCCAGAUCAUCCCGUUCACAAACACGCGUUACUUUAUUAUCCGGGUGUAUGAGAACUUUGAAAUUAAAACUUUCUAAAGCCACUUA